AGAAAAAAAAUUCGGACCUCGACCCUCACUAAAAGCUUGUCGUUAUCGAAUAUCUACAAAAUAUAGAAUUUAUUCCCGACUUUGACCAAAGUCUUCCCUCGUAAAUAAGUUGGCGGUUUUGUACCUUUAAAUCUUGCGUCGUCAGCAUAAUCGCUCGGCUUCAUGUUACAAUAAUAAAGCAAAGUCCUCGGCAGCUUUAAAAGCCUGUUGAGACCAAUCUUUCCUUUUUAUAUUUUUUUAUCACCCCUCCAAGACAUCCUAAGCCGCCACCACGAUGUUCUUGCGACCACCUCCGGCUCGUCAGAGCCUAUCACUCCCUCGACUGAGCUCAAUAAGACGACCUCAAUCAGUCGCUAGAAGUCCCUCUCUCCGUUCCUUUCACACGUCAGACCACAGGCUCUUGACAGCCCGAAUUGAACUGCCGCCAAGGAGGAGAAAGAUUUCACGCUCACAAGAUAUUCACGGGCCAGUUUUUCAACGGUCUUUAGCGACGGCCAUCAGCGACCCUUUGCGACAAGAUAAAAUUCCUUACGAGCACUUGCAAUCACAUAUUCCCAACAAUUUCUUACCACCAAUACCUCCUCGGUUAUAUGACAUACGACCAUUCGAUCCUUCUUUUCCAUUACUCAUUCGGUCUAAUGAUGACGACACUUUCCCACGCUCAAGGAUGAAUACCAGUGGAAUUCCUGGUGCCGCUGACGAAAUGAUAUCCGUGUUCGACGCAUGUUUGCAAGUAGGAAAAUUGGAUAGAGCAGCUCUUGUCCUCACAAGAUUCAGCGACUCUGAUGACUUGCCGGCCAAUGAGCUGAUUUUGCUUCAUAACCAAUACCUCCGUGCCGUCAUUGCUAAAGCCUUCGAUAACCCAGAACCUAAAUGGGCACAAUCUUGUCACAAGUGGUACGAAUUACAUAUCAAUGCUAAGGAGCUCCCUCAGACACCCGAGACCAUAGCUUGCAUGCUGAAGGUUUCGCUUUUAUCCGCUAGAGGCGUAAGGCUGGCAAGGCUUGUGACACGGUAUAUGGAUAUGAUGCCAGGCGAUGCCAUAUACCAGGUUCUAUCUGAAGUCGACAUACUUACGCAGCAGGAUUUCGGCACCAUCACCAGCAUUUAUAAACCCGCUUCCUAUCUUUUAGAUGAAUUUGGGUUUACGCAAGGAGAGGAAGAGCCACAAUCGUCAGCUGCAGAGACCAACACAACGCAAUCGACAGAUCCAUCCGAAGCGAAGCCGGCGUCUGACGAAAUACCUGAAAUUAUGGCUGUACCACAAAAAGGCUUGGGUCUCCAGUCAUUACGUACUGUCUUAUCCUUUUUCAGUACAAUAAAAGGUCGGGAUAUCUCCCUGCUUCCCCGAGCUGAGCGCCGAGAAAUCCAGGCACAGUUGGAAAAGGAUUGUGUCGAUGCCGCUAUCGCCCGAUGGAGGGAAGAAAAUGAAGCUCUGAAAAAGAUGGGUUUAAACACAUCCAUGUCGACAACUGCUUUAAAUUCGCAGUUAUACGACUGGCAAUGUGCUCUAGAAAGCAAGUUAGAAAAUGAGUUUGCGCUGUUCGAAGAGUCGGAGACCCGCGAAUAUAAAGUACAGGCGGAUUAUGAUCGAUGCUUAUACGCACCCUUCAUGAGGCAGUCGAAUCCGUCAAGGCUAGCCGCGGUUACGAUUAUAAGCGUUCUGAAUGCGUUGUCGUCAGCAGGUGUCGACAGCGGAAUUCAAUUGUCCUCUUUACUUAGCCAGCUCUCCAAGGCUGUGGAGGACGAUGUUAGAUUCCUAAAACGACAGCAACAACUAGAAUUGCGAAAACCCAAAACUAAAAGACGGGUUUACAAACCGGACGUCAAUAAAGAACAAGAGAGCUCACCAAGCUCAGUGCCAGUUCAGCCACCCGCUGAUGCUAACAUGGAGUCCAAUGUGGUGGAGGCCUCCGCCUAUGACAUCAGGUCAUGGCCUCUAUUGAUCAAAACGAAGGUUGGCGUCGCUUUGCUCUCUGCCCUGAUGGACAGCGCGAAAGUGGAUGUUGUUCAGGAACAUCCCGAAACCAAGGCACUCGUCAGACAGAGACAGCCUGCCAUGGCCCAUACUAUGGUGCACCGCAAAGGAAAGAAAGUCGGCCUAGUUAUGCCUAAUAAAUUCCUUGUGGAGAUAUUGAAGAGGGAGCCCCCAGCAGAUUUCCUUGCGAGACAUCUACCGAUGCUUGUUGAACCAGAGCCUUGGAGUAAGUUCGACAAAGGCGGCUUUCUUGAAUACCCUGCUCAACUUGUACGAGUUAAACAUGGCGAGAAGGACCAGAGGAUAUAUGCUGAAGCAGCCUUGCAGAGAGGCGACAUGGAACAAGUUAGCAAAGGCCUCGAUGUUCUUGGUCGAACAGGGUGGAGGAUCAACGAGCCUGUUUUCAAAGUGAUGCUCGAGGCAUGGAAUAGCGGUGAAGAAAUAGCCAAUAUCCCCCCGCUAAAUCCCCAAAUUCCCAUACCCGAAGAACCAGAGUCAUCAGACAAUCCAUUGCAAAGACGACAAUGGUUGAAGGCCGUGAGGGCCGUGGAGAAUGAGAAAUCAGGUCUCCAUUCUGAGCGCUGUUUCAUGAAUCUUCAACUCGAGAUUGCCAGGUCCUUUAAAGACCAGACCUUCUAUUUCCCGCAUAACAUGGACUUCCGAGGACGCGCGUAUCCAAUCCCAACUUACCUGAAUCAUAUGGGCGCAGACCAUACCCGCGGCCUACUUCGCUUUGCGAAGGGGAAGGAGCUUGGCGAGGAAGGGCUGCGAUGGCUAAAAAUCCACCUGGCAAACGUGUUCGGCUACGACAAGGCGAGCUUGAAGGACCGGGAAUCAUUUGUGAUGGACCAUCUCGAAGACGUCUACGACUCUGCUGCCAACCCUCUCGGAGGAAAGCGUUGGUGGCUUCAGGCUGAGGAUUCAUGGCAAUGCCUGGCAACAUGCUUCGAACUCAAGGCAGCGUUGCAGUCUCCUGACCCCUCUAAAUACGUAUCCCAUCUUCCUGUUCACCAGGACGGCACAUGCAAUGGAUUACAGCACUAUGCGGCUCUCGGCGGUGACAUGUGGGGCGCUCAACAGGUGAACCUGGAACCCGGUGAUUCGCCUGCAGACGUAUAUUCUGCAGUGGCCGAGCUGGUGAAGGAAAGCAUCGCAAAAGAUUUGAAAGAGGACAAUUUCCUCGCAAAAGCUAUCGACGGCAAGAUAACAAGAAAGGUUGUGAAGCAGACUGUAAUGACGAACGUCUACGGUGUCACCUUCUCUGGAGCAAAGGCUCAGGUAUUGAAACAGAUCGACGCGCUUUACCCAAACAUAUUCAAGGAAACGGAAGUACCAGCGCCGAUACUCGCUUCCUAUGUCGCCACUAAGAUCUUCAAGGCUCUCUCUACUAUGUUUCGUGGAGCACAUGAUAUCCAGUACUGGUUUGGAGAGUGUGCUGGAAGGGUGUGCCGUGCAAUCACUCCAGAACAGAUUGAACGAAUUGCCAAUGGAGAAGUGGCGCCUGCCAAGAAGAAGAAGAAGGUCUCAAAAACGCGCUCUGACACCGCCGCCACCACCGCCGCUAAGAAAGCAAAGUCGGCAUCUGAUGAGCUCCUAAGCCAUUUCAGAUCAACUGUUGUCUGGACGACUCCCCUCCGGAUGCCCAUUGUCCAGCCAUAUCGCAAGUCUGGGACUCGUGUCAUUGCCACUUCUAUUCAAGACCUUACCUUGCAGGUGCCCGAACGGUCUGAUCCAGUCAACCGACGGAAACAAUUGCAGGCAUUCCCUCCCAACUUCAUCCAUUCUUUAGACGCCAGCCAUAUGUUGCUUUCUGCGUUGGAAUGCGAUGAACUGGGCCUCUCAUUCGCGGCCGUGCACGAUUCUUUUUGGACGCAUGCGUCCGACGUCAAUGUUAUGAACCGUGUUCUACGCGAUUGCUUCAUCAGGAUACACAGCGAAGAUGUCGUUGGACGCCUCGCAUCCGAGUUCGAGGCCCGGUAUAAAGGCGCUCUCUAUCUAGCUAAGCUAGAAAAGGGUCACCCCAUCGAAGCCAAAGUCAGUGCACUUCGCAAAGUAAAAAAGCUAAAUAUGAAAGCCGAACUUCUUGAGGAAUACAAGAGAAUUCAGCUGUUGAAUUCUCCAGACCCGGAGAAAGUCGAAGAAGGCAAGAAAAUGGUGACGCCCAGCAGCAUUUUCCAAGAAAUGUCAGCCUCUCAGCCUCUAUCAAGUGCCGAUGAUAUGGAGGCGGUGGGGUUAGGCAACAUUCCUAGCGAAGAAACGAUCGAAGCUGCUCUCGAAGAAGACCAGGAAUGUGAGGACGGAAUUUCCACAGUUCAGGAUUCUGACAAGAUCAAAGCAAGCGAUGAAGGCCCGGACGAAGAUGAAAUGCAACGCUAUAAGACUAUGAUCGAGGCCAGCCGUUUCGAAACGGAGCUUUCGGGUGAUGCUAAGAAAUUCGAAGAGAAAUCAAGGGCCAAAUCGAAGGCAAAGGGUGCAGGAUUCAAUAUAUGGCUUCCUCUUACUUUCCCUGAGGUUCCCAAAAAGGGCGACUAUAAUGUCGAAAGACUAAGGGAAAGCCAAUAUUUCUUCUCGUAAGCUUCCUCGGCAAUUUCAGUCUCUCGCGGGCGAUGGUAAUGUCGGUGGGUUUUAUCACGUGUUUACUCCAUUAUUAGCGAAUGCAUCAUGAGGCGUCUUAAGGUGAAAAAUGCCAGGACGGCGUAUAGUGGGGGAGGGGGAUGGAAAAUAUAAAGGCAUUGUACUGCAUGCGUGGCACAUGUAUAAAUCUGUAUAGCACUACUUACGAGGUGGUCUAGGGGAGAAGACCAGGGUAGGAAUCGGGCCAGAUGGGGAUAACAAGGACCAUCCACUCCAGUGAUGUAUAAAUUCAGAUGAGAAUUCGAAGAUUUUGGAAAUUGUCAAAAUCGAACCACAUCUAUUCCCUUGGUCCUAAAGCAGGAUAACCAAAAUAUUUAGCCAAGUAUCCCAUCAUUCUGAGGAUGGUAAAUCAUGGAUACGUACUUCUAAAUAAUAUCAUGACUAACACGAUUACGCUCAUUAGAGGUCGCAAGUUGUAACUUUCAAAAGCUCG